UUGGAGUGCAGAUUAGCCCUCCGGCCGGCGCUGGUUGCCUGUAGGCGCUAAUCGAAGUAUAAAACGUGUCGCGGGUCAGUAAAUGUCAUAGUCCACUACAGACAAUCACAUCAGCAACAAUGGCCGCUAAGUUCGUCGCUAUCCUCUCCCUGGCGGUGGCCGCGUCCGCCAUCCCGGUGGUGCCCCUCGCGAAGGUGGCCUACGAGGAGGCGCCCGCCCACUACGAGUUCCAGUACUCCGUGGCGGACCACCACACCGGCGACAUCAAGCAGCAGCAGGAGUCGCGCGCCGGCGACGCCGUGCACGGCUCCUACUCGCUGCUGCAGCCCGACGGCGUGCAGCGCAUCGUGGAGUACACCGCCGACAAGGAGCACGGCUUCAACGCCAUCGUUCGCUACGAGGGACACCCCACCGAGGCGCCCCACAAGGUCGCCCUCGCCCCUGUCGCCAAGCUCGCCUACGCCGCUUCCGUCGCCAAGAUCGCCUACGCCGCUCCCGUAGCCAAGGUCGCCUACGCUGCCCCCGUAGCCAAGGUCGCCUACGCCGCCCCCGUCGCCAAGGUCGCCUAUGCCGCCGCCCCCGCUCACGUCUCCUUCUCUUCCCCCGUCAUUUCCUACCACCACUAGACUGAUGUUUGAGGCUCGUUGUUAUUAUGACUAGAUUCUAAUAAAUUAUUUAUUGUACGAA